AUGCGACUCUAUGCCGCUCUCUGUCUGGGACUCCUGCGACUGGCGAUGGCAACGGGGCCACCAGAGAGUUUCACCAUUUCUGAAUCGGCUGGACCAGACAGUGACCGGCAUGAUGCUUUGAACAUACAUGGGAUCAUGGCAGGUAGCUGCCAUCGAGUUCGCGUGAUCGACAGCUGCACUCCCAACCUGUUCCGCGCGGAGGUCGAGCAUGCAAGAGAGCCGGCGAUCUUGCGUGGAUUGUGCAUAGGGAAGGAUGUCAGCGUCCACGUUUCUGUCAACGACAGGAUGGACUUCAUUGCGAAGAACUUCGAGUACAAGACCUUGCCCUUCUGCGAGCUCAUCAAGAGGGAUCCGUCCAGGGCCGCGCACGGGUGCAACGCAGACAAAGUGGAGGGAGGCGACGAGAUGAAGGUGGAGGGAAGAGCGGAUGGGGCCGGCGGGGCAGACGCUGAGAGGGAAGAGGGUGAGAAAGCUGGGGACGCGCAAGGGCCAGCAAGGACGCAGGUUGAGAAGGACGAGGUGGAGAGAAGGAGAGGAUACUUCCUUGGACCAGAGGAGAAGUAUUAUAUGAGAGCACUCGGCAAAGAUCCCCGGAAGGACAUCGCAGACUUCGCUUCAGAUUUCCCUCUGCUGGCUGAGGAGGUUGAUAUCCCUCCUCUCUUCGAUCGGGAUGCUUACUUCAGCUCCGUCUUGCGGGUUGGCUCUCCAGGAAUUCACUUGUGGACGCACUACGAUGUCAUGGACAACGCUCUUAUCCAAGUGACUGGAAGGAAGCGAGUUGUCCUCUUUUCUCCUCAGGAUGCUGAUAACCUCUACAUGGUUGGCGACAAGUCCGCAGUCCUAGACAUCGACAACCCUGGAGACGUACUCUUCAUACCAGCCCUCUGGUUCCAUAAUGUCGUCUCCCUCGAUUUUUCCAUCGCCGUCAACGUCUUUUGGCGGCAUCUGCCGAGGGAUAUGUACGACGGCAAGGACACCUAUGGCAACAGAGAUCCGCUCCCUGCUAACCGCGCGAUGCAACAAGUCGGUACUCUGAUCAAGACCCUGGAAACCCUGCCAGCGGACCACCGGGACUUUUACGCGAGAAAGAUAGUGAGGAAGAUUCAAGAGAGUUGCUAUGCGGACAGUUUGGAAUGA